GUGCUGACGUCACCGGCCCGGUUCCCUCUCCGGGGAGCGGCGGCGGACGCUCGGCUCCCACCCCCUCCCCUCUCUCGGGCUCUCCCCUCCCCGGUGGCGGCCGCGGCCCGACCCUCUGCAAGGCGAUGGCCCGAGCCCCGAGCGCGGGCUAGCGUGCCUGGGUUCCCGGCCAUGGGCUGUAUCGGCUCUCGGAGUCCGGCGGGUCAGGGGUAGACUCGUGGUCUUUCCGCCUGGAUUCCCACCGCUGAAGGUGGCAGGAGGUGCACAGCCUUGGGAGGGGCAAGUUGUCCAUGGCAACUGGCCAUCCACGCCCACACACUCGCCGCCCCCCAGCCUACACCUCUCCUCUCACUGUCCUGGGAGUGGCUCUCUGCUGGGAACCUGCCUCUUCUAGCUGCGUCCCAAUACCCUUAAGGAGGUAGCCUGCAAAGGCUGUCAAGCACCCCAGCACGGAGUUUUUGUACUCCCCCGCCCAGAGUCGGCUAGUUUAUGAAGGAGACUGAGGCCCCAUUUGGGGCACCUGUGAGCACCUGAUCACCUCUCACCUCCAUUUCUGGGGACCACCAGCUGGCUGAGGCUCAGGGACAGAGACGGCUACUCCAGCUAAAGUGGCCUCGGACCCGGCUUGGGCUGUGGAGUGGAUCGAACUUCCUCGGGGCCUCUCUCUAUCUUCCUUGGGAUCUGCUCGGACCCUCCGAGGCUGGAGCCGAUCCUCCCGCCCUUCCUCCGUGGACAGCCAGGACUUGCCAGAGGUGAAUGUUGGAGACACAGUCGCGAUGCUGCCCAAGUCCCGGAGAGCCCUAACUAUCCAGGAGAUUGCUGCGCUGGCCAGAUCUUCCCUGCAUGGUAUUUCCCAGGUGGUAAAGGACCACGUGACCAAGCCCACUGCUAUGGCCCAGGGCCGAGUGGCUCACCUCAUUGAAUGGAAGGGCUGGAGCAAGCCAAGCGACUCACCUGCUGCCCUGGAAUCAGCCUUUUCCUCCUAUUCGGACCUCAGCGAGGGUGAACAAGAGGCUCGCUUUGCAGCAGGAGUGGCCGAGCAGUUUGCCAUUGCAGAAGCCAAGCUCCGGGCGUGGUCUUCGGUGGAUGGUGAGGAUUCUACUGAUGAAUCCUAUGAUGAAGACUACCCUGGAGGAACUGACUCAGAUAUGGCUGGGCAGCUGCCCCUGGGGCCCCACCUCCAGGACCUCUUCACUGGCCACCGAUUCUCCAGGCCUAUGCGCCAGGGCUCUGUGGAGCCUGAGAGCGACUGCUCGCAGACCGUGUCCCCAGAGACCCUGUGCUCUAGUCUGUGCAGCCUGGAGGAUGGGUUGCUGGGCUCCCCAGCCCGCCUGGCCUCCCAGCUGCUGGGUGACGAGCUGCUCCUCGCCAAACUGCCCCCCAGCCGGGAAAGUGCCUUCCGUAGCCUGGGCCCAUUGGAGGCCCAGGACUCGCUCUACAACUCGCCCCUCAUGGAGUCCUGCCUUUCCCCCGCCGAGGAGGAGCCAGCCCCCUGCAAGGACUGCCAGCCUCUCUGCCCGCCACCAGUGGGCAGCUGGGAACGGCAGCGGCAAGCCUCUGAUGUAGCUUCUUCUGGGGUGGUGUCCUUAGACGCGGAUGAGGCAGAGCCAGAGGAACAGUGACCCAAAUCAUGCCUGGUGGUGGCAUGCGUCCCCUGGCUGCUGCUGGGGGCAGAGCCUCUGUGCCCAAGUGCGGGCUGGAGGCCUCCAGCAGAGCUCCAAAGCCUAGAGGGCUCCUGGGAGCACUCACUCCUCCGUUGUGUGUUUUGCAUGAAAGUGUUUGGAGAGGAGGCAGGGGCCAGGCUGGGGGCGCAUGUCCUGCCCCCACUCCUGGGGUUUGCCGGGGGUUGCCCGGGGCCCCUGGGGCAUGGCUACAGCUGUGGCAGACAGUGAUGUUCAUGUUCUUAAAUCAAAAAUGCCACAUACACAUUUCCUCCUUGGAUGAUGUGAACCCCUAAGGGGGUGGUUGUGACUGGGCCCUGUGGGGUGGAACGGGAGGGAGCCCGGCCCCCUCUCCCCCUUCCCCGUGCCUCUCUCUUUGCUUCUCUCCACCUCUGAGUCCAUGUGCAGUGCUUGACAGACUCCUCCCCCAUCCCAGGGCGGGCUGGCUCUUACCCUCCUGGAGCCUAGGAUUGAGCCGUUUCCCCCAAGGGCCCCUCGCCCAGCUGGGCUCGUGCUGUGCUUUGCCUCUCCAUCAUCUCUAAAUCUUCUUCUAUUUCCUAAAGAGGGGUUUUGGUCUGUUCUUUCAAUCGGAUAUUCUCUGGGAGGCACUGGAUUGAUGAAGGCAUGUACCCUCUGCCCUUUUCCUGGCCCCUUGUAGGAUGUGUGGGCAGGAUCCCAGCGGCUCACAGCCUGCCUGGCUGCCCUAUUCACCGAGUUCUUGUCAGAGUGGAGUUGGGAGAAGGGAUGGCUCCACUUGCUACGGAGCUGUGACUUCAAUGUUCUUCCAGAGAGGGCCACAAGGGGGCCACGUGGGUGGCUGGGCAGUUGUCUGUGGGGGCCUGAGCCAGGCAGGAAUUGUGCCAACAAGUGACAGUCAUGUGGGAGUGUCUCUCCUUGGGGAGGGAGGAGGGUAGUGCCUUUCUUGGCUGAAUGAAAGGCCAAAGCUAUAGCACUGCGGGCCUCUGCCCCAGCUAGCGUGUUGAUAACUAAGCAGUGGAGGCCUCUGUGGAUCCUGUGUUCCACAGACCGUGAGCUCUGGAGUUUUAUGGCUGUGGGGGGUUUGGGUGGCUGCAGAAUUCCGAGCCUUGUAGGCUUUGGCAGGUAAGAGGGCCCAAGGUAAGAACAAGAGCUGAUGGGCACAGGCAUUCUAUAUAUAAGUGGCUCAUUAGGUGUUUAUUUUGUUCUAUUUAAGAAUUUGUUUUAUUAAAUUAAUAUAAAAAUCUU